GAGAGAGAGGGAGAGAGAGAGAGAGAGAGAGAGAGAGAGAGAGAGAGAGAGAGAGAGAGAGAGAGAGAGAGAGAGAGAGAGAGAGAGGACACCCGGUCUAGCUCCUGAUGUGGCAGGAGGCUCUGCGGACGCGCGGACACUACCUGCUGGAGAAGAGCGAUGGCGGGGACCCGUCCGACGGCGGGGGGGAGAGCCCGAGCGGCGCCGGGGGUCCCGUCUGGGCGGAGGAGGAGGGCAGCGGCAGGUGGGACGGCGAGAAGCGGCAGGACUGGCUGUACGAGUCGUACUACCGCAUGAGCCAGCAGCACCCUCUCUUUGUGUUCCUGCUGCUCAUCGUCAUGGGAGCCUGCCUCGCACUGCUCCUCGUCUUCUACUCCUCCGGACUGGACUACAGGGACCACCUGGUGUUCCUGAUCACAGUGCCCACCACACUCCUCCUCUUCCUCUCCAUCUUCAUCCUGGUAUGCAUCGAGUCGGUCUUCAAGAGGAUGCUGCGUCUCUUCUCCCUCCUCAUCUGGGCGUGUUUGGUUACCAUGGGUUACCUCUUCAUGUUCUCCGGCGGGAUACUGUGUCCCUGGGACCAGGUGUCCUUCUUCCUGUUCAUCGUGUUCGUGGUGUACACCAUGCUGCCCUUCUCCAUGCGGGGGGCCGUGAUGGCGAGCGUUCUCACCUGCUCUUCCCACACCGUCACGCUCUGCGUCUGCCUGGCGUCCAGCAUCCAGGACCAGGACUCGCUGCGCUGGCAGAUCCUGGCCAACGUCAUCAUCUUUACGUGUGGGAACCUGGCGGGGGCGUACCACAAACACCUGAUGGACCUGGCCCUGAAGCAGACCUACCAGGACACCUGCAACUGCAUCAAGUCCCCCAUCAAGCUGGAGUUCGAAAAGCACCAGCAGGAGCGGCUGCUGCUGUCCCUGCUCCCGGCGCACAUCGCCCGGGUGAUGAAGGCGGAGAUCAUCCAGAGGCUGGAGGGGCCCAGGUUCGGCCGGGCCGAGAACACCAACAACUUCCACAACCUCUACGUCCAGCGGCACACCAACGUCAGUAUCCUGUACGCAGACAUCGUGGGAUUCACCCGGCUCGCCAGCGACUGCUCUCCGGGCGAACUGGUCCACAUGCUCAACGAACUCUUUGGGAAGUUUGACCAGAUUGCCAAGGAUAACGAGUGCAUGCGUAUCAAGAUCCUGGGGGAUUGCUACUACUGUGUGUCUGGGCUGCCUGAGUCCCUCCCCCACCACGCCAGGAACUGCGUCAAGAUGGGCCUGGACAUGUGUGAGGCUAUAAAGAAGGUCCGAGAUGCCACUGGGGUUGACAUCAACAUGCGCGUGGGCGUGCACUCCGGGAACGUGCUGUGCGGGGUCAUUGGACUACAAAAGUGGCAGUAUGAUGUCUGGUCACAUGACGUCACACUGGCCAAUCAUAUGGAAGCAGGGGGUGUGCCAGGGAGAGUGCACAUCUCAGAGGUGACCUUGGAGCAUCUGGACGGCUCUUAUAAGGUGGAGCCUGGGGAUGGACCAAUCAGAGACUCCUACCUGAAGGAGCACGGCGUAGUCACCUACCUGGUGGUCAACCCAAAGACGGACCGCCACAGCCCCAGCCUGGGGGUGCGGUCGCGGCCCUCCCUGGACGGGGGGAAGACGAGGGCGUCUGUCCGGAUGACCCGCUACCUGGAGUCCUGGGGGGCCGCCAAGCCCUUCGCCAACCUCCACCACCGGGGCAGUAUGACCACCGACAGCGGCAAGGUCAAGACCACCGAUGUUCCGAUGGGCCAGUACCACUUCCAAAGACAGGAGAGGUCUAAAUCCCAGAGGAGAAGGUUUGAGGAGGAACUCAAUGAGAGGAUGAUUCGCACCAUUGACGGCAUCAACUCCCAGAAACAGUGGCUGAAGUCAGAGGACAUCCAGAGGAUCUCUCUGUUCUUCCACAACAAGGCCCUGGAGAGCGAGUACAGGUCCACCACGCUGCCGGCCUUCAAGUACUACAUCACCUGCGCCUGCCUCAUCUUCUGCUGCAUCUUCGUAGUGCAGGUCUUGGUCCUGCCCAAAACUGCUGUUCUAGGGAUAUCCUUUGGGCUGGCAUUCCUGCUGUUGGCAUUGAUCCUGGGGAUAUGCUUUGCUGGCCACAUUCGGCAGGGAGCAGGCAAGGCCUCCUUCUCCUGGCUGCCCUCUUCCUCGGCCAUCAUCAUCGCCAACCAACCCUGGCUGCGGUUGGUCCUCACCAUGACCACGAUGGCCCUCAUCCUGGUCAUGUCUGUCUUCAACAUGUUCUUCUUGGAAGACCAAAUGCAGAUGCCAUCCAUGUCUGUGAAUCUCACCAAUGCCAGCCAGUCCCAAGGCCCAGAACACAACGAGGGGGACCACAAGUUCUAUCUGCCUUACUUUAUCUACUGCUGUAUCCUGGGGCUGGUGUCAUGUUCUGUGUUCCUGAGGAUCAACUACGAGUUGAAGAUGGUGGUGAUGCUGGUUGCCGUGGUGAUAUACAAUGUCAUUAUCCUCCAGACGCACGCCCCGCUGCUGGACGGCUACAACACAGCGCUGUACCACAUGGAGACUCUGGAUAGGCCAGGGGUUCUGAAGGAUCUGAAGACAAUGGGCUCGGUGUCGCUCUUCAUCUUCUUCAUCACUCUUCUGGUUUUGGCCCGGCAGAAUGAAUACUACUGUCGGUUGGACUUCCUGUGGAGGGACAAGUUCAAGCGUGAGUGCGAGGAGAUUGAGACGAUGGAGAACCUGAACCGCGUGCUGCUGGAGAACGUUCUGCCCGCCCACGUGGCCGAGCACUUCCUUGCACGAAACUGGAAGAACGAGGACCUGUAUCACCAGUCGUACCAAUCAGUGUGCGUGAUGUUCGCCUCCAUCCCGGACUUCAAGGAGUUCUACACAGAGUCUGACGUCAACAAGGAGGGGCUGGAGUGCCUGCGUCUCCUCAACGAGAUCAUCGCUGACUUUGAUGAGCUGCUAUCCAAGCCAAAGUUUAGUGGCGUGGAGAAGAUCAAGACCAUUGGAAGUACCUACAUGGCUGCCACUGGUCUCAACGCUAUGCCUGGCCCAGAGAACACACAGGAACACGACCGGCAGUACACACACAUCGGCACCAUGGUGGAGUUCGCCUUCGCCCUGGUUGGAAAGCUGGAUCUCAUCAACAGACACUCGUUCAACGACUUCCGCCUCCGAGUCGUCGUUUCCUCUCUGGCAGGGAUCAACCACGGGCCGCUGAUCGCCGGGGUCAUCGGGGCCCAGAAGCCCCAGUACGACAUCUGGGGGAACAGUGUGAACGUGGCCAGCAGGAUGGAGACCACUGGCGUGCUCGGGAAGAUCCAGGUGACGGAGGAGACGAGCCGGGCCCUGGGUGCGCUGGGGUACGUGUGUUCCUGUCGGGGAGUCAUCAGCGUGAAGGGGAAGGGCGAGCUGAAGACCUACUUUGUUCACACCGAGAUGAGCCGCUCGCUGUCGCAAGGGACCGUGAUGCCUUGAAUGCAUCACACACACACACACGCGCUCAUACACACACACACACACACACUCAAACACACACGCAC